GUGUGAAGAGUGCAAAUGUGUUAGGGAGUGAACGUUGGAUUAUGGAAUGUAACAACAAGGGAUCCCCCCAAUACCUCAUACCCCUUAAGAAAAACACCACCUCACUCAUGUAAUCUGAUUUAUGUUUUUGAACUGAAAGACAAAUUGAUAAUUUGAUGGCAGUUAUUCUAUCAAAUGAUUAAAGGACAUAUUUGCUUAAGAUUUCUGGGAUUAUUCUCCUGUUUUACAAUGUUCCUCUCUGGGCUACGACAACAGGUCCAUCGGUCCGUUUGUCAUUCUGUCAUUUUGUGUAUGUUACUAAAAAGAGAAGAAAUCAUUAACCCAAGUCACAUUUAGAAUGGACGGUCUCCUAGUCACUCAUGCAGACAUCUCGUAGUCUCGCUCAACACAUUUACAGCAGGGUCUUUGUAGUUGUGUAGCCUUUGGUCAGAGACCAAUAUGACAGCGGAUUUAGUCUUUGUUCUUGCUUUAGGCACAUUUUGGGUCACGGUAAACCAAAUGUUAACACCUGUAACAAUUGAAUUAAGUUACCAAUAUAAUAAUUUUCACAUGGAAGAGAAAAUCAAUUUUUUUCGACAUGUUUACGAUAGAAGGUUGGACUGAACUAAUGGAGCUUUAAUUUUUUUUACUAGAACUAAACCAUGUGUAUAAGUGAAGAGGCCUGCGUUAAUUAUUACUGUCAUUAAUAAACUCCUUGAGUCAGUCUCUUUUCCUGUUGACCAAAGGUCUUACUGACCAUCCACUCUGACUAUUCUCUCCUCUCCUUCACCUGGCAUUUCUCUUAUCGAACGUUAGGGAGUGAGCCCUCUAUUUAAUAGACACUCGUAUUAUCAUUAUCCUUUCAGUCUUGGACUGAUACCCUUUGGUUUGACAUUAUUAGGCCCGUUGACGCCGUUCUUCAGUUUUGUUGAGAAAUGGAGAACCACACGUCUGAGACCACACCGGCGACGAAGACCAUUAAUAAUCUAGCUGAUAUCUUGGUCAUAAUUGGCUACUUCAUUCUGGUCAUUGGCGUAGGCGUCUGGUCUAUGUUCCGGACCAACCGUGGAACUGUGGGAGGCUACUUUUUGGCAGGACGGACCAUGACAUGGUGGCCAGUUGGAGCAUCACUGUUUGCCAGUAAUAUUGGUAGUGGUCACUUUGUGGGCCUUGCUGGUACCGGAGCAGCCAGUGGAAUUGCUGUGGGGGGUUUUGAGUGGAAUGCAUUGUUUAUCGUGCUCCUAUUGGGCUGGCUGUUUGUCCCCGUUUACCUCACAGCGGGGGUAAUUACAAUGCCUCAGUACCUGAAGAAGAGGUUUGGGGGAACCAGGAUCAGUCUGUACCUCUCCGUCAUUUCUCUGUUCCUCUACAUCUUCACCAAAAUCUCUGUGGACAUGUUCUCUGGGGCUGUGUUCAUACAGCAGGCUCUAGGCUGGAACAUCUAUGUGGCUGUGAUAGCCCUCCUCUCCAUCACAGCUCUGUACACAGUCACAGGGGGCCUAGCUGCUCUGAUGUACACAGACACCGUCCAGACGUUUGUCAUCAUCGCUGGCGCCUUCAGCCUCACAGGUUUCGCCUUUUUUGAGGUGGGGGGCUACAAUGCCCUGCUGGAGAAGUACAAGUUAGCACUGCCCUCCACGUACCAGUCCCUGGAGCCCCAGCGCUACAACAUCUCCCCCCAGUGCUUCACCCCCCGAGACGAUGCCUUCCAGCUGCUCAGGGACCCCGUGACCGGGGACCUGCCCUGGCCGGGGGUCCUCUUUGGCAUCGCCAUCGUGGGUGGCUGGUAUUGGUGCACCGACCAAGUGAUCGUGCAGCGCUGCCUGGCGGCACGCAGUCUGACCCAUGUAAAGGCGGGCUGCAUCAUGUGUGGAUACCUGAAACUGCUCCCCAUGUUCCUUAUGGUGUUCCCCGGAAUGAUCAGCCGCGUGCUCUUCCCAAAUGAGGUGGGUUGUGUGGUGCCAGAGGUGUGUAAGCAGGUGUGUGGGACGGAGGUGGGCUGCUCCAACAUCGCCUACCCCAAACUGGUGGUCUCUGUCAUGCCCAAUGGUCUGAGGGGCCUGAUGCUGGCGGUCAUGCUGGCGGCCCUGAUGAGCUCUCUGGCUUCCAUCUUCAACAGCAGCAGCACCCUGUUCACCAUGGACAUCUGGACCCGCUUCAGACCGCAGGCCAGAGAGAGCGAGCUCAUGGUCGUUGGCAGAGUGUGGGUCCUCGUCAUCGUAGCCGUCAGUAUCUGCUGGAUCCCUGUGGUCCAGGCGGCCCAGAGCGGUCAGCUGUUUGACUACAUCCAAUCAGUGACCAGCUACCUGGCCCCGCCUAUCGCCUCAGUCUUCUUCCUGGCUGUGUUUGUGAAGAGGGUCAAUGAGCAGGGGGCUUUUUGGGGCCUGAUGGGGGGCCUAGCUAUGGGGCUGUGCCGUAUGGUGCCAGAGUUUUGGUUUGGCUCAGGCAGCUGCCUGUUCCCCUCAGACUGCCCCACUCUGGUGUGUGGGGUCCAUUACCUCUACUUCGCUGUGCUGCUCUUCUUCUGCACCUCCAUCCUGGUGCUGCUUGUCAGCUACUGUACACCGGCCAUAGACAACAUACAUCUCCACCGUCUUGUGUUCAGCCUCCGCCACUCCAAGGAAGAGAGGGAUGACCUUGACUGGAAGCAGGAAGUGAAGGGGAGGAUAGCACGCAGGGAGGCAGAGGAGAAAAGCAGAGACAAGUCUGAAGACAGCCCAGUGGAUGCUGAAGAACCCAAAUCAGGCAUCUGUCGUCUCAUUGGCUGGUUCUGUGGCGUCAGUGGCGCUCAGGUCCCAGAGCUCACAGAGGAGGAGGUUACCGAGGCAUCCAAAGAGCUGCCUGACAUCAGUGAGAAGCCCUUCUGGAAGCAUGUUGUUGAUGCUAAUGCCCUGGUUAUGAUGGCCGUGGCAGUCUUCCUCUGGGGUUACUAUGCAUGAGGGGGCUAGUGACCAUUGAUGAAGUGCACUUUCGGUCAUUCUCACACUUUGUUUAAUUCAGAAUCUAGUAUGUCAUUCAAUGGACACACAUCUUUUCAUGAAAAAUAAAGUAGUUCUGUGU